AUGGCCGAACCAUCAGUCUUUCAUUUUCCAAUCGAAGCACCCAUCGCAAACGACCGGGUGAAGCUCGUCCCCUUCGACCUCGACCUCCACGGCGCGGCCUUCAUCGCCCAGUCCGCCGACCACCCUGAGCUCUAUGCCAACAUCUCUUUCAUACCAUUCUCCACCGUGAACGACAUGAAGGCAGCAUUCACCAAGCCCGACACGAUCCUCUCCCUGUCCAACCCGGCGCACACGACCCUGGCCAUCAUCGACAAGACCAGGGACCGCUCCCCGGAGGACCCAGACGGGGAGCUCGCGGGCAUGGUGGCCUACAUCAACACCUCCAAGGCGCACCUCAGCAGCGAGGUGGGCGCCAUCAUCGUGCUGCCCAGGUACCAGCGCUCGCACGUCACGUCCAACACGGUGGGGCUGAUGAUGCAGCACGGGUUUGCGCGGCCGGAGCAGGGCGGGAUGGGCCUGCAGCGGAUGCAGUGGCACUGCAGCACGGCGAAUGCUGCCAGCGCCAGAGUUGCAGAGAGGAUGGGAUUUGAAAAGGUUGGUGUUAUUCCUUACCACAUGAAGUUCCCGCUGGGAAGGAGGUAUGGGAAGCAGGGCAAUGGCAAGCCUCUCCCGCCGGGGAGUCACCCGGAUGAUGUGUGGAGGGACACAUUUUACUACAGCAUGAGCUGGGAUGUGUGGGAGAGCGAGGCUAGGGAGAAGGUUGAGAAGGUGAUGAGUCGCUGA